AGUGCCCCUUGAAGUGUGUGUGAUGGUUUUGUGUAUUUUAGAACGGGAUUCUUUAUUAUUCAGUGGUUAGAUUGUAUAUUAAGUUAUGCAUGGAUUGAACUUGACAUUUCGAUAAUAAAGCUGAUAUCGUUGUUAUCUAUUAAUUACUUAAUAAGUGCGUAGUUUUCUGACAAAUUAAAUUUGUCAAAGUGAUCUCUUAUUCCAAGAACCUUGACAGUGAUAAUAGACCCUGUUGAACAUAAUUAUAAAUAUAUCUAUUUUAACCUUUAAACUAGUAAGUUGUUGGAUUUAGUUGUCAAUCUUUGUGAAAUUUAUUGGUGAAGUUGUUUGUAUACUGCUGGUUUGACAUUGGAAUGUGAACCCCAGUGAACAAAACUGCCAUGUCGGCCCACAACAACUUGGACCCUCCACCGUCAGAAGAGGUGGGCCCUUAUCGCGCUGUGGAAAUCAGCCCCCCAUUCGCCCACCUGCCUCAGAAAGAGAUGACGAGGGAGUCCCCGGCGAGCAGUCCAGCGCUCAGUCGCCGUAACGAACUCAACAACCUCACCAACGGCCACGAGUUCCAACACCAGAUACUGCAGCUGAAGAAACAGCAGCAGCUGCAGCAACAGAUCUUGCUUCAGCACUUCCAAGCUCAGCAACAGCAGUUAGCGGAACAGCAUGAGCAGCAGCUGAGGCAACAUCUCAAGUCUACAAACCUUUUACAACAAAUACAUCGCGCACGUUAUGAGGAGUUGUGGGAGCAACAGAAGGCGCUGGAGGAACAGCAAAGAGAGCAGAGAGAGAAGGAGCGUCUAGAAUCACUCAAGAAGAAGGAGAAACAUGAACAGAGUGCUGUCGCCAGCUCGGAGGUUAAGCAGAGGCUGCAGGGGUUCUUAUUGAACAAAAAACACAGAGAGGCUGCAGCUGCUGCUAAUGGAGCCAUUCCAACAGCCGGACAGGCAUUCCGCAACUGGUCAGUGCUUCAGGGGACGCCAGGAGACAGCAAUGCUCCCAGCAACCCCACAUCCUCCCCCUACCGCCUUAACCCCUUGCUGGCCAAGUAUGACGAGGACUUCCCUCUACGCAAGACCGCGUCCGAGCCCAACUUGCUCAAGGUGCGGCUGAAGCAGAGAGUGAUCGAGCGACGGGCGAGUCCUAUCGCGCGGCGCAAGGACCGUCACAUCAAGCGCAAAUCUCAACUCGCAAUAGAGUCGUCUGGUAGCAACACGGACUCUGGCCCGAACUCUCCUCCAGUCUCUCAACUCUCACCUCCUGGUGGUCACAACACCCCCAUUCAAGAGGAAGGAGAGCCCCAGUACGCCCAGCUGUCAACUAGUCCUGGCAGUAUGAAUGAUCUGUCUGGUCUCUACACUUCCCCCUCCAUGCCAAACAUCUCCCUGGGUCGUCCCCCCACCUCCACUGCCAGUGAGAGCAAGCUGGCCCCGGUGUCUGAAGCGGAAGUGAGAGCAGCAUUCGCCGCCAGACUGGGCAUGCCCUUGACAGGCCAGAUGUUAUCUGGAACCUUGCCCUACUACCCAACCUUACCAGUGAUAGAAGCAGCGGAGUAUGGCAGUGCUGCAUACACACACAAGCAGAUGGCGUCGCUGGAGCAGCGCGGCGCUUGUCUGCCCAGCAUGUACCCUCAUGUGGCCAUCACGGACACACAGGUGGCCCAUGCAAGACUCAACAAGCAGGGUCAUCGUCCUCUGGGUCGCACGCAGAGUGCUCCCCUCCCCCUCGGCCACCCAAUGCUUGCGGCCGGCAUCGUCUUGGACCCUCCUCCUCCCCCGACACAUCAUCCUGCACACCUCUCCACUCACAACCUCCUGAGACAGCAAAUCCGCCAGACAGUGUUGACACGAGCGGGCAGCCGGGCACAGUCACUCAGUGGCAGCCAACUGGACGAGGCCCCAGAGGCUGAGGAUCUCACAGAGGUGAUAGACUUGACAGAGAAGGACAAGAAGAGUGAGGUAGAGGGAGAGAGUGAGAUAUGUCGUCAGCAGAGGGAACGGGAGAGCUUCUUGCAGCAGCAGCGUGACUUGAUGAUGAGACACACGCUGCAAGUUAGUGAAGGCUCGGCAUUCAGUCCCCGGUUGUCACACGUGGUCAGACCACUGAGUCGAGCUCUCUCCAGCCCCUUGGUGGCCCUCAGCCCUGAGUCUGGUCCUGUUACCAACCCCCCUCAGAGCAGUCCUGGUCAUGCUGUGACAACUGGCUUAGCGUACGACGGGCUGAUGCUAAAACACGCUUGUGUCUGUGGUGACAACUCACUUCACCUGGAGCACGGUGGCCGGCUGCAAAGUGUGUGGGCACGUCUGGGCGAGACCGGACUGGUCCAACGGUGUGACAGGGUGCGAAGUCGCAAGGCCACCCUAGAGGAGCUCCAGGUCUGCCACAGUGAGGCACACACGCUGCUCUUUGGCACCAAUCCACUGAAUCGCCAGAAACUGGACAUGAGCAAGUUGUCACAGUUGCCCAUCAAGAGCUUUGUGCGGCUGCCGUGUGGAGGUGUGGGCGUGGACUCGGACACUACCUGGAAUGAGCUACACACAGGGCCUGCAGCACGCAUGGCUGUGGGCUGUGUCGUUGAUCUAGCCUUCAAAACGGCGACAGGUGAUGUCAAGAACGGUAUGGCAGUGGUGCGGCCUCCAGGUCACCAUGCGGAAGCGUCACAGGCCAUGGGGUUCUGUUUCUUCAACUCAGUCGCCAUAGCAACACGCUUGCUACAGCAGAGGCUGGACCUCCGCAGGAUACUGAUUGUUGACUGGGAUGUUCACCAUGGCAACGGAACCCAGCAGGUGUUCUACGAUGACCACAGAGUCCUCUACCUCUCCAUCCACAGGCACGACGAUGGUAACUUCUUCCCUGGCACUGGCGGCCCUACGGAGUGUGGUACUGGGGCAGGACUGGGCUUCAAUGUGAACGUAGCCUGGUCUGGUGGUCUCAACCCUGCCAUGGGCGAUGCCGAGUACCUGGCAGCAUUCCGCACCAUCGUCAUGCCCAUUGCCAAGGAGUUCGAACCGGAGGUGGUGAUGGUCUCCGCAGGGUUCGACGCGGCUACAGGACACCCCCCACCGCUGGGAGGGUACAAACUCUCACCAGCCUGUUUCGGCUACAUGACGCAACAACUGAUGCAGCUCGCCCACGGGAAGGUGGUGUUGUCGCUGGAAGGGGGCUACGAUCUUCCGGCCAUCUGUGACUCUGCUGAGGAGUGUGUGAGGGCAUUGCUGGGCGAUGAUCCUCGUCCAGUCUCACAAGAGGAGUUGCACCGUUUGCCAAACCAGAAUGCCAUCGACACGCUGCAGAAAACCAUCGCAGUGCAGUUGAGUCACUGGCCGGUACUGAAGCAGACUGCACACUUGGUGUCAUGUUCAGCUAUGGAGGCUACCCUCGGUGAGCGAGACGAGAGCGACACAGUGUCCGCAAUGGCAUCUCUAUCGAUGAAGCAGCAGGUCUCGUCACAGCUACAGAGCCCAGAGAGGUCGAGAGAGGUCUCUGUUGAACCAAUGGAAGAAGACGAGGUCAAGUGAAGAGGCUGUCACUGUCCGCUUUUUGUCUUAACCAAAUCACUGGGGUGAUUCUUGGCGGAACGAUCCCACCGUUCCUUAGCUGGCGUCUCGUGUCAGUGUUUGUCGUCGUGGCGCAGGUUGUGAACCGCGCGCUCCUGCGGAGAGUCAUUCCUCGUAACAUUUUCUUUGUUUGUUGUCACUGUAGCAUGUUCUGUCCGUUACCACCCACACCGGUGACUUAGUUGUGUACCUUAUUGUGCUGUCGUUAUCGUAGCCUUGAGUUGGUCUACCUCAGUUUCUCGCUCUAAGGCCAUUUUACUUUUUGUCUUCCAUUAUUUAGUCUCGGUUUUCGUUGUUUUAUGUCAGCAUUCUGCUGAGCAUUGUGUUUAGAAUGUUAAUUUCUAUCUGAUUGUUCUCGUUCAAUUCAAAAUGUGUCUGUUACGCGGAGUAGUAUAAUUGAUUUUAUGAAAUGCUGGUUGGGUCUUCGGAACAUGUUUUGAGAAUAUGGCAAGAAGGCCGUAAGGUUCUGAGAAGAGUUCAUUUAGAAGCCGAUAAUUAAAAAGGCUCUAAUAAUAAGAAUAAUUUUAUAAGCUUUAAAAGCUUUGCUUAGGAAUGCAAACACGUAUUGGAUACCUUGCAUUUAAAAAAUACAUUAUGAAAUACUUUAUAUUUAGUAAGCAAACUUUAUUGUGACUUUGUCUAUUUCCAAUUAAAACAUUUCCAAGUUUUUAAGAUCCGCUUCGUAGUCAUAAGAUUAGAACAGAGCUACAUAUGGCAAGGUCAUUGGAAAACGGAAAAGACAUAGGUUAAGUUUGGUUGCGAGCUAGAAUUUAAGUUUCUCCAUGACAUUGUUGUAUGCUUAUGGAUUGAGCAUAGUCAAUUUUGAACUUUCUAAAGUUGAAGCUAUCGUCACUUGCAUUAAUCAGCACAUAAUCUUUCUCCUUGAGAGGAGUUAAUGUUUUUUCAGCAUUCUAAUGCCUUAUUUCUUCGGACUCAAUUUCAACACUGUGUAUACAAAUUGGAGCUUUAACGUUAACAAUUAAUAUAGAUGUUUAAUAACUGGUUAUAUUGUUGGAUUUUGAAUGUUAAUUAAAAUUAACAUUGUAAUUUGUUUUAUUAUAAAACAUUGUGAUCAUUUAUUUAUUUGUAUUUUGAGUUAGUUCGAUGCGUGUGACAAUAAUUUUGUGCGUACUUCAUUUUAUAACCGUGCUGAUUUAUGAACACUAGUACAGUUUUUUAAUGUCUAUAUGGUUAGUUAAUUGUUAUAUGUGAUGUACCCUUUUGUGUAUAGAAUUUUUAAACAUUCCAAAUAACCUUUUUUAUUUAAAAUUAUUUUUCCAGAUUAAGUUUAUAGUUAUAUUAUAAUUAUACUAUGUUUUGUAUAUAAUAGAAUGCGUUGUUAGAUGAUUUAUUUUUUGUAAAUGUUAGGCUUCAGCUUUUGAGAGAAAUCAUGUGAUAUAUAUUUAUUGUUGUGCUAAUGAUAUGAGAGUCUAUAAAUGUGGACAUUAUACCUUGCUAGAAGUUUAUCAAUUGUUAUUCGUUGUAUUGAUGUAUAUAUUUGUGAAUAUAAAUAUCGUAUAUUUUCGGAGUAGAUAACUGAUUGUCUAGCUGCUCACAAUUAAACAUUUAAGGCAGAAGUAUUUAUUAAUGUGUUAGCUGCCAGCCCAUGUACAUAUUUUUAUUACUUUUUUUGCGUAAAACCUGAAUUAAAUUGACCAAAUUUAUUUGUUGAAAAAUGUCGCUUGGCUAUUACAGCCAAAUAGAUUGUCUUGAAAUUCUUAAAGAAUUUUCAGAAAUAAUUCCCUUUAGUUAUAAUUUUUUUUGCUGUGAAAAGUGAAAUGUCAGGUAAGUUGGUAGCCGUGUUAGUGAACACCAUGGGUUGGCAGCCCUGGUGGGCUCAACGUCUGUACGUAUGUGUGUAUGUCGGCAGGUCCGAUAUGUGUCAGUGCAAUAGUUUAGUAGUUUAGCCUUUGUUUCCCAUUCACUCAUCCAUUUUGUACUUUUUUAUACAGAUUUUAAAAUAAAUAAGAUGCUUAGUAAAAUUCUAAAUUGUAUAUUUUAAGAAUAAUUUUAGUAAGAACAACAAUAAACAUGUGUAAUACUAAUAAUGUGAAAGAUUUUUUCUCUUGUAAAUUUCUACCAAAACUGUUAAGUUUAUUUAUUUUAUAUUUACAAGGUUAGAAAAAAAGUUUAGUGAGACUUAAGUAUUUAACACUAUUGAAACAGUCAAAUUUUAAAAUGCUAAAUAAAUAGAAAAUUUUAAGUAAAGUUACUACCAACUUUUUCUAUUCCAUAAUUCAAGUGAUGAACUUAGUUGAGAAUAUAGAAAUAGGACAGGUUAUUAGGUUUUAUUAUCAAGGAAACAAUGUUCAUUGUUUUAAUCAGAUUUGUUAUUUAAAACUACCAAACUCUCUUAACGACUGGAAAUUUAUUAAAAUCACCAUUCAUUUUCAUGGAUUUUGAAGUGUUUAUGUUUUAAAUCACUAAAAUAAUGACAAUUUAUUGAUUUUACAUCAUACAGUAGUAACUGAAAAAAAACAAAACCCUAAUAAAUUAACAUGUUUAACAUAUAAAACAGUAUUAAUGCUCUGAAAAUAUUGAACAUGAAUGUUUCUAGAAAUGCAGCCUGUCUUUAGACACGCAAACGUGUAGAGAUCAGAAGACAGUUGUAUAAAAUGUCUUGUUUUAUCAUUCACUAAAUAGUUAUAGUACAGUAAAACUAGUCAUCACAUUGAAUAGAUUUAACUUGUUGCGGACCUGUUUAAAUAUUCAAUCUCACUAAACUUUAGACAUACAAAGCACACUUCACUACUACUGCAUCUUAUACAAAAUCUAGUCAUGACCAAGCAAGAAACUUCACGUCGAGGUCAGACUCGCAGCACGCUUCUCAAGCCAAUGAUUCGCGUUCGGUUAAUUAUGUCUGUUGAUUUUUUUAUGUAAUUUUAGAGUACUAUAUUUAAGUAUGUUAUGUUUUUUUUUUUUUUACUUUUUAUUCGAGGGUAUGAAUCUUUGAGGUUUAUAUAAUGGAUCUUACAUAAACUGUACAUAUACGUUGGAGACAUUUGAUUUGUUUUGCUUUGAAAUGUUUGUGUCUUUCUUAGUCUUUGUUAAGUAUUCUAUUUCUACAAAUAUUGUGUCAGUUAAGUGUAAGAAUGUAUCUGCUAUAUGCAUAGAAUAAAUUUCCGUCAAGGAACUCAAGUAGA